ACAUAUAUAUAAGCGCACUCUGAAUAGCGCUCUUCUUGUGCGCAUGCUCACAUCUGAUCAUAUGUUCGACAACGUGCUGUAUCGACCAUGUGGUUUUGAGUAACGCGGUAUCUCUGUGUAUUUUAUUGUGUGUAAAGUGUACGUAAAAAUAGCGAUUCCCUGCUAAACAAUCCACAUCUUAUUCACAAUGGCAAUUCCAGACAUGGAUAUUUCUUUAAACGUGACGGCGGAACCAGUUUUCACCGUGAAGAAGAAAAAAAACAAGGUUGCGAAGACCUCAGUUAAAAGAUUGAAACAUCAAUCUUUCCAAAAAGGUAUAGCAGUGAAUAAUAAAGAAUUGAAAAGAAAUGUGGGUACACAAGAGACGGGAGGCAAAUCAAGGAUUAAACAGAAAUUUUUGUCAGCUAUCUUUGCUAAGAAAUUGAAAGGUACAAACACUGUCGCUCAUAAGAUGCUGCAACAGUCGCAGGCAUCAUCUCAAGUUAAAAAUACAACAGCUAAAGUUACAGAGAUUAGGAAAAUUAAACAAUUUGAUACAAUAGAUAAAAAAGUCUCGAAAUCUGAUAAAAUUUCAUCCACUGUAAGUUCUGAUACCACAAAUGAACCGAUGGUAUCCUUUACUAAGCCAACAAAGGAACACAUUGGUAAAACGUUGUUAGCAAGGAAGAGAGAUGCAUCAAGGAAUGAACAAAAGAGAUCUCUUUCUGACAUAUUUUCAAGUCAAGUGAAGAAUCAGACACAAUUAAAUGUAAGCACGAUUCAGAAACAUGACAUUGAUAAAAAUAGUGUGCAGAACAGAGAACCUAAAGUAGUAGCUAAAGAACCAUUUGCUUCAAAAGACAAAAAGAAAAAGAUAGAGAAGAAUAGACAGAAUGAAAAGGAUAGGAAUACAAAAAUAAUAAAAAAACAUAGAGAAAAGAUUAUGAAUGAUGACAGAGAAUCGGAUAAAACUCCAAGGUUGCCACACAGAGCUAGUGGGAAAAUCUCUUCUUUAUUUGGCAACAAUCCUGAUAUACCAACCAUUGGUCAAAGAUUUGUAAAACCUGUAAAUGAACCAAUUUUUACAGAGGUCACUUUUGAAAAUCUCAAUAUUCAUCCAUUCAUGAUAUCAAAUUUAGCACAAAAUAUGAAUAUUACAAAAAUGACUACGGUUCAGCAGAAAGCAAUUCCUCAGAUAUUCUCAGCUAGGGAUAUUUUAAUCAGGUCACAGACAGGUUCUGGGAAAACAUUAGCGUAUGCUAUACCCAUUGUCGAGUCGUUGCACAAAAUUAGGCCCAAAUUAAAUAGAAACUGUGGUUUGUCGGCUCUUAUAGUCGUGCCCACGAGAGAAUUGGCUUUGCAAACAUAUGAGUGUUUCAUAAAAUUGGUUAAACCGUUUACAUGGAUUGUACCAGGAUAUUUAAUCGGUGGGGAAAAGAGAAAAGCAGAAAAGGCACGAUUGAGGAAAGGGUGUAACGUAUUAAUAGCUACUCCCGGUAGAUUAUUAGAUCACAUAAAGCACACGAAAGCGUUGAGAUUGCACGAGGUUAGGUAUUUCAUAUUAGACGAAGCUGAUAGAAUGCUUGAUAUGGGAUAUGAGAAAGACAUCUCCGGGAUAGUAAGCGCUUUAAAAGUGUCAAGCAUUAACAAAGAUGAAUCAGGAUACGAUCCAAUGAAAAUGUUAAAGCAAAAAGAUAUUAAGAAGACAUACAUAGAUGAAGAUGUUGAAGCUCUGCUACAGGGAAAUUCGAAGGAAGAUGACAAUGAAACAACAAUAGAUAACACCGAUAGUAAUAAGCAUAAACAGACGUAUCAUUCGAGUGAUGAGAGUGAUACCGAUGAAGCCGUUAAUUAUACCGUUCCAAUGAAAAAGAAGGAUACACAACAUUCUGAUACGAGUAAAAAAUCUGUCUCGGAAAGUGCUCGAGACAUCGAGCAAGAUCGGGAAGAAGGUGAAAAUCAAUCGAAACGAAAGACAAUUCUACUUUCCGCGACUCUGACGCAGGCCGUCGAGAAAUUGGCGGGUCUGACGAUGCGGAAUCCGAUUUUCGUUGACGCGGCUAAGGAAAAUUUAGAAGUGAAAGGUGGAAAUAUCAGUGAGAUCAACGAGGAUUUAGUAGUGCCGCAAGGCGUAACUCAAAGUUACAUAGUCACUCCACCUAAAUUAAGAAUGGUCACUCUAAGCGCCUAUAUUGCCGGAAGGUGUCAGACUCCCGGACAGCAUAAAAUAUUGAUAUUUAUGGCUACGCAAGACAUGGUAGACUACCAUACCGAGAUUCUAUCAUCUGUCCUUACGAAACCGAUAAACGACGAUGACGAGGACUCCGAUCCGUUGGUCGAUGUGGAAUUUUUUAAACUAUAUGGUAAUAUGACGCAAAGAGAAAGGACAGACGUCUUUAAAACGUUCAGGCAAGCAAACAGCGGAGUACUGCUGUGUACGGAUGUUGCAGCGCGAGGAUUAGAUAUGCCAAAGGUAGAUUGUGUCAUACAAUAUACGGGGCCAACUUCGGCUAGGGAUUACGUUCAUCGAAUCGGUAGGACCGCACGUGCCGGAUCCUCCGGUACAGCGACGAUCUUUCUGACACCUCCGGAGGUCGAGUUCGUACGAAUGCUCGAGUCGAGGCGUAUCAGAAUCAAACAAGAAGACAUGAACGAUAUCCUAGACAAACUGUUGGCACCUCUCUCUAGACACAACUCGGUGCAAGCGGCGGCUACCGCUCUCCAAAACGACUUUGAAAGUCUAAUAUUAGAGAAUCGGCAACUUAGCGCAAAAGCGUGUAAAGCAUAUAUCUCAUGGGUGCGUUUCUACUCGAGUUACCCCCGUGACAUGCGCGAGAUAUUCAAUCGGAAAGAGCUUCAUUUGGGUCACUAUGCAAAGAGUUUCGCAUUGAGGGAUCCGCCGCAACGAAUCGGCGGAAUCGGCAAGAAGCUACGCGAAGAAGAAAUCUCGACACCCAAGCACAACAAUCGACUGUCGAAUAAGCCAUUCGACCGGGUAUCGCAAAAGGAGCCAAAGAGUCAAGAUGAGGGGCAAAGAAGGGGAUUACUGAAAAGGGUCAGGAUGCUCAAUACCUCUGAGUACGACAGUGGCCUCGAACCCCUGAAGAAGCCAAAGAAGUAAUUCGGAACUGAUCGGCUCGACACAUUGUAAACAGAGUGCGAGUCACAGCUGUGUUUCACACCUUGUAAAUACGCACUGUUUUAUCCUUUAUCGACACUUGAAAUAUUUUGUUACAUCCCAAUCUCUGAUCAUGUUUAUAAUUUAUACAUCUAAAUACCUGUACUAAUUUUGCUACUUGAAUAAUUUUUCAAGUAGAUAAAUACAUUUUACCGCCCAAUA